GGACACAUUUGAGGGGGCGAGUCAAGUUGUUUUGGUUUUUGGCACAGAGAAAAAUUUCUUCUCAUCCAAAAAGGAAAAUUCCCCAAAAAACCCGGAAAAUUGGUGUGAAAAGUGUGUGAAUAGUGAAGAGAGGAACUCGGCUGUGGUACGUGGAGCAAGUUGAAAAUGGUGACUGAAAGUUGGGCCGUGAAGAAGGUUUUUCAAUUAUGGAAAAAUUCCCACUGAGGGGCGGACGCUCAGCAACUUCUUCCGCAGCAUCUGGACACAACUACCAGGCAGUCACGAAAAAGUCAAACGGACACGGGCAGAGCUCCGCAUUGACAACUACAACGUCUCUGAGUAAUCUGCCACAGGAAGAUGAAAUGAUUGACAUCACACCGACGGACGAAAAUUCACGCAAUAGCACCACAAUGAUGUCCACCAAUGAUCGCCAUCCGUCCCCGACUCAUUCACCUUUUGGCAGAGAUUUUAACGAUCACGACGGUGAGUGGAUUGCAUUGCUGAAUGUAGAACAAAACAAAGAUGUAGAUAAAGAUGAAAAAGAUGAGGUAACUGUAAGAUUUUCCACAUCUUUCGAUGGGCCUGAUGAAGGGGGAAUCUCCUUUGCCGGAAUGACGGACAAUAGUGACGACAUUCCGGGCAUUGGGCAGUACGAUGACUUCCACACAAUCGAUUGGCAGCGUGAUAUAGCACGCGAUCGCAUGCGGCAUCGCUAUAUCAUAAAGAAGCGCCAAAAUUCGCUGUUGGACCUCAUAAAGGGGGCCCACGAUGCGUGGUCCGGAUGGCUGUGCGUCCUCCUUGUGGGCGUAACAGCUGGCUGUGUGGCGGGUGUCGUUGAUAUCGGUGCCAGUUGGAUGGCAGACCUCAAGUUUGGCAUCUGCCCUCAAGCAUUCUGGCUCAAUCGCGAGCAGUGCUGUUGGUCAUCCAAUGAGACGACCUUCGAUAGUGGAAAUUGUUCACAGUGGCUGAUGUGGCCGGAAGUCUUUUCCCAAUCAAGGGAAGGUGUCGGCUCCUACAUCAUCUCCUACUUUUUCUACAUCUUCUGGGCAAUGUCCUUUGCAGCCUUGGCUGCAUCGCUUGUGCGUCAAUUUGCCCCCUAUGCCUGUGGUUCAGGUAUUCCGGAGAUUAAGACAAUCUUAUCGGGAUUCAUCAUCCGUGGCUAUCUGGGCAAGUGGACGCUCAUUAUAAAAUCCGUGGGUAUUAUGCUAUCCGUCUCGGCGGGUUUGUGUUUGGGCAAGGAAGGUCCAAUGGUACACAUAGCCAGCUGUAUUGGAAAUAUUCUUUCGUACCUCUUUCCGAAGUACGGGAAGAAUGAGGCGAAGAAGAGGGAAAUCCUGUCGGCGGCAGCAGCUGCGGGUGUUUCGGUGGCUUUUGGUGCCCCCAUUGGUGGGGUAUUGUUCAGCUUAGAGGAAGUUUCGUACUACUUCCCCCUCAAGACGCUGUGGCGUUCAUUCUUCUGUGCCCUCAUUGCUGCUUUCAUUUUGCGUUCGAUUAACCCCUUUGGGAACAAUCAUACGGUGAUGUUUUUCGUGGAGUACAAGCAACCGUGGAUAUUCUUUGAGUUGAUCCCUUUCGUGGGGUUGGGGAUUCUUGGGGGGAUCUUUGGGACGAUCUUCAUUAAGGCGAACUUGAAGUGGUGCCGGUAUAGGAAGUUUAGCCGCCUUGGGCAGUACCCAGUGGCUGAAGUUCUCGCCGUGACUCUCAUUACGGCCGUUAUUGCAUAUCCAAAUCCCUACACGAGGAUGAAUAUGAGUGAGCUGAUCUUCUUGCUCUUCAAGCAGUGCGGCAUCAGCAAUAGUGAUCCACUUUGUGACUACAAUCGCAAUUUUACGGACGUUAAUUCGGCCAUUGAGAUUGCAGCUGCCGGUCCGGGAGUUUAUCAUGCCAUCUGGCUCCUCAUACUCACCUUCAUUCUCAAGCUCUUCCUUACGAUAUUCACGUUCGGCAUUAAGGUUCCCUGCGGGCUGUUUAUCCCGUCGCUGUGCUUGGGGGCGAUUAUGGGGCGUAUUGUGGGGAUUGGGAUGGAACAGUUGGCCUACAACUACCCUAAAAUGUGGAUCUUCACCGGGGAAUGCUCAACGGGGGAGAAUUGCAUCACACCCGGGCUGUACGCCAUGGUGGGUGCUGCGGCAUUCCUGGGCGGUGUGACGCGCAUGACGGUGUCACUGGUGGUGAUAAUGUUUGAACUGACUGGUGGGGUGCUCUACAUUGUGCCCCUCAUGGCGGCCGCAAUGUCCGCCAAAUGGGUAGGAGAUGCUCUUGGGCGUCAGGGAAUCUACGAUGCUCACAUAAGUCUGAACGGGUAUCCAUUCUUAGACAGUAAGGAUGAAUUUGCUCACACAACAUUGGCAGCGGAUGUGAUGCAGCCAAAGCGCAAUGAGACGUUGUCCGUCAUCACGCAGGAUUCAAUGACAGUGGAUGAUGUGGAGUCGUUGCUCAAGGAAACUGAGCACAAUGGCUAUCCGGUUGUUGUGUCCAAGGAGAGUCAGUAUUUGGUUGGAUUUGUCGUGAGGAGGAAUCUCAAUUUGGCCAUCGAAAACGCCAAGAGGAUGAUCGAUGGGAUUUGUGGGCAAUCCCUGGUGCUAUUCACGUCUGGCAAUCACGUCCAGACACUCGGACCGCCACCGUUGAAAAUGAAGAAAAUCCUCGACAUGGCACCCAUCACAGUCACAGACCAGACGCCCAUGGAGACCGUUGUGGACAUGUUCAGAAAAUUGGGACUCCGUCAGACUCUCGUGACGCACAACGGUCGCUUAUUGGGCGUUAUUACGAAGAAGGACGUACUGAGACAUAUAAAGCAAAUGGACAAUGAGGAUCCCAACACUGUUCUAUUUAAUUAAAAAUUUAACAUAAAACGCGAUCCAACAGUCCCUUUAGGAACAAACAAAAAACAUCAAAGAAUUUUCUCUUUGUGUCCACAUCACGGUGUCAACAAUUUAUCGUUUUCUCUGUUUGUAUUAUAAAGAAAAAUGAAAAUAUUAUGAAAAUGAAAAAAUAUCAACAACAUAAUAUUUAGUACGGUAAUUUAAGUAAAAAAAAAAGGAAGAAAUGAAAGUAAUUUUAUAUUAAUUUCCUCCUCGAACGGAUAAGGUGAGAUUUAUACACGAAUUUCUUAUGAUAAUUUUCCUUAAUCACUUUGCAAAGUUUUAUUUUAGAUGCGCCUAGAAAAACUCAGGAGAUGAAAAUGUGUGCAAUUUUAGAGGGAAGGAAAGUUUAUUAAUUAAUUUUUUACAUUAUUUUCAAGCGGAAGUUGUGAAAAAAUUUUUUGUUUUUCAUAAUUUCAGAUAAGUGGUUAAAGAAACAAUUGUGUGCAAUAAAAUAGCAGCAUUCAUUUAUUAGGAAAAGAAAAAUAUUUUUAUUAUCUUGCAAGCAAAAUUUAUUUAAUUUUUAUUUAUUACAAAAUACAUUGAAAACUAGAGAAUGAAUUAAUUUUAUUUAAUUUACAAUUUUUACAAAAAAAAAUACACAGAUGUGCAAUAAAAUAGCAUCACUACUUUACAGGAUUUGACAUAAGUCGAAAAUUAGCUGAGUUUAUAAAGAUAAAAAUAUAUUUUGGUUUUUAUUAUAAAAAACUAUUCACAAAUAAAUUAAAACUAGGUUUGAAACAAAAAAAUCAUCGCAAAAUAGAAAAUCACUGAAAUUAUUAUUUUUUUUGUUAAAAACAAGGUAAUUAUUUAAAUCUUUUUAUUAUUCUUGAACUUCCAUUAUUAAUUUAAUCAAUCACUAAAAACUGCUUUAAAAACUACUUAAAAGCUCUACUUAUCCGAUUUUGAUAAUUUUUAGAUGAAAUUCUGGAGUCAAAACAAUUUCAAGUUAUAAAAAAAUUGGAUUUUCUUUUCAGAAUUAACUCCUUUAUUAGCUUUUCCCAAUUUUCCUUCAAUAUUUAUGCCCGAAAUUGCAUUCUUGUGUGCAAAAACUCACCAAAACGCAAAUAUGGAUGAUUUUCUCUUCUUUGAGACAGAAAGAUAAAUAACUUCUUGUGCUUUGGCUUUCGUGCUGCUGUUUUUCCGAAGAGCCUUGUUAGAAAGAAUCCUCUUUUGACUUUCUUUCGCGUCUUUCUUUGAUCUUUCCAUGCCAUCCACAGCAUCAAUUGAGCUGCUAUAUUUUUGCACAUGACUGUAAAAUGGAGAAUUUUCUUUUAAGGAUUUUAGGAGAAUUUUUUUUCUACACCGUAAAAUUGCACACAAAACACACCGAGAGAUUAUCACGAAUUUCCUUUUAAAUAAAAUUUUUCUUUAAUAUAAAAUAGAAGAAGAAAUAGAUAAUUAUUUAAUAUCACAUCCAGUUUAUUGAAGAUUUACAUUUCGAAUGCGCGCGUUACGACGGAGAAAAUUCUUUUGAGUGAGAGAAAUGGAAAGAAAAGUCUUUGAGAACAAAACAUAUUAAUAGGAGAUUUAGAGGAAGAAAAGAAAAAAACAAUUUUUUAGCGAAAGGGAAAAAGAAAGAAAAGAAGUGGAGAGAAAGAAAAGUGAAAAUUAACAUGGAAAACAACUUUACGACAGAAUGAUGAUUGUAAAUAUAUUAGAAAAUUAUUUAAAUGUA